AGAAAAUAACCAAAAAAUCAACAGGAGGCGCUGCUUUCUUAGUCGCCCAUAUGCUUAAUCGGGACAAAGAGCCUGCACUAUGCAGGUAGAUGUGCAGGCGCUUUAAAGCCAGGAAAUGUCUUAGCUGUGAAAUUUAAAUGCCAAAGCGCAGCGGGUCCGCCGAUUAUGGGGCCCCGGGGAAGCGGGUUAAGCGCCAAACCGCAGCGUAUGACCCGGGACAGCCCAUAGACGUUUUGUUGGAGAGGUUCACGGCCCCACGGAAGAAGAACAACGAUAGGGCUCGAUCCAAGCCAGCGACGGCUUUAAGGCCGAGGCUUGCGGCCGUUGUAUCUAGCCGACCAGCACUAUGGCUAACUUGUGGGGACCCUCCAAAGCGGGCGCGCCUGAUUGGAGGCCAUGACGCUCUAGUCCAUAACAUUGAAGUCAUCUGCGGCUGUCCCUGGUGCCUCGAGCUGGACGGUGAGGACGCCGAUGCCUCGGAGGAUGACACCGCAGCGGCACGCUCACAGCAGGCCGGCCCCUCCAAUGCGCGACAGCCCGGGGCAGGACCAUCGCGCCAGGCCGCACCGCCUCGCUUCCGUGGCAGGGUCUUCAACUUGCCGCAGUGGUACGAGCAUUGCACCGGGUGGCGGGUGGUGGGUCUCGACCCCGACAAGCACCCGGCGGAGUUCCGCGAUUUGCUGCUGAGCGUUGUGUACGUGGCUGGCGCGGAGGGGGAGGAGGCGAGGGGGCGCAGCAGCGAUGGCGGAGCUGGGGAAGGCGCCGCCGGGACCUCCGCGCGGAAGUCCCUGCGGCGCUACCUCCGCAGCCUGGCGCGCUCGGAGCCGCGGACCGGGCAGCGCGUGCACGUCUACUACAACGACCAGCCGCCGGACGGCCGCUGGUUCUCCGGCACGGUCCUGCAGGCGGACAACUCGACUGCCGUACUGACGGUGUUGUGGGACGCCUGGACGGACGAAACGGGCCAAGUCAGCGAAGCGUGUGAGGGGGAGGUGCUGCAGGGGGUCACGCUGCUGCACUUUGGGCCGCAGCCGCCGCCUGAGACCGGAGCGGUGGACCCGACGGCAGCAGUGGCGGCGGCCGGGCAACCGGCAGCGGCGGCCGGCCAACCGGCAGUAGUGGCGGCGACGGCUGGGCAGUCGGUAGGUGCUGCCGCUCUAGCGGCAGCCCCUGACAAUGUGGCAGAACCGGAAGUGAACGGUCAGCAGGAGGUUGCGGGAGGGCCCAGUGACGGGGGAGCCGGGGCAGACCCAGCAGCAGGAGCGGCGGG